AUGCCCGGAGUUUCCGUCAAGGACAUCGAGUCCCACAAGUUCGUGGCCGCCUAUGCCGCCUUCUUGAAGCGUCAGGGAAAGCUUCCCAUGUUCGUCUCUAUCCAGCGGUUCGCUGACCACUUAUCUACAGGCUGGGUUGACACUGUCAAGACAAGCCACUCCAACGAGCUUCCUCCCCAGGACAUUGACUGGUUCUACGUCCGCGCCGCCGCUGUCGCCCGCCACGUCUACAUGCGCAAGACCGUCGGUGUCGGCCGCCUCCGCAAGGUCCACGGCUCAACCAAGAACCGCGGUUCGCGCCCCUCCCACCACGUCGACGCCUCCGGCUCCGUCGACCGUAAGGUCAUGCAGGCUCUCGAGAAGAUCGGUGUGCUCGAGCAGGACGAGGACAAGGGUGGCCGCCGCAUCACACAGUCCGGCCAGCGUGAUUUGGACCGUAUCGCGCAGACCACUCUCGAGGCUGAGGAGGAGGAGGAUGACGAGUAG